AUGGGUCGAAAACGCAAAAGCCAAGGAAAAGAAGAAGAAGAAGGGGAAGAACAGCGCGAGGUAUCGCCCUCCACCAAACAACUCAAGACCAAUACCACCACCACUACCACCACCACUGUCGCCGAGUCCUCCUCCUCUUCUCAGCCACAACCCAGCAACCCCCAUCAUGGCUUCAUUUCCUACCCACCAAGCAAGGUCUACCGGCUAAUUGAGCCCGGGCCUGUGCUACUAGUCACGACGGGGUCGCUGGCCGACGCGACACACAACGUCAUGACUAUAGGCUUCCAUAUGGUGAUGCAGCACGAGUCGCCACCGCUUCUCGGCAUCUGUCUCGGACCGUGGGAUGCGUCCUUCGCCGCGUUGAAGAAGCGGCGGGAGUGUGUAUUGGCCGUGCCGUCUGUUGAGAUGGCAGGGGUCGUUGUCGAUGUGGGGAACUGCUCUGCCGACGACGACGAGAUGACUAGUGGUGGAAAGUGGCAGCGCUUCGGGCUAGAAGCACUCCCAGCUGCCAAAGUCCAGGCGCCCCUGGUGGGCGGGCCCGAUGUCAUCGCCAACAUCGAGUGUGUGGUCGAGGACACGAAGAUGGUCGGCAAGUACUCGAUGUGGGUGCUGCAGCCUGUCAAGGCGUGGAUCAAUCCAGACAAGAAGCCCGGAGAGGGCGGGAAGAUGUUCCACCACCGUGGCGACGGCACCUUCGUCGUUGACGGGGACGUGCUGGAUUUGAAGGAUCGAAUGGUCAAAUGGCAGGAAUACCAAGACUGA